GCGUGACGUCAGGGCGCGAGGCGGGGCCAUCAUGGUGGAGGGGAAGGAGGCGGCGGCCAGGGGCAUCAGCGACGAGGAGGCCGCGCAGUACGACCGCCAGAUCCGCCUCUGGGGGCUGGAGGCGCAGAAGCGGCUGCGGGCGUCGCGGGUGCUGCUGGUGGGCCUGCGCGGGCUGGGCGCGGAAGUGGCCAAGAACCUCAUCCUGGCGGGCGUGAAGGCGCUCACCCUCCUGGACCCCCAGCAGGUGUCACCAGAAGAUACCCAGACGCAGUUCCUGAUCCCUUUGGGCUCCGUGGGCAAGAACAGGGCCGAAGCUUCCCUGGAGCGGGCUCGGGACCUGAACCCCAUGGUUGACGUGAAAGCAGACCAGGAGGACGUGGGGCAGAAACCGGAGGCCUUCUUCACCCGCUUUGAUGUGGUCUGUCUGACAUGCUGCUCCCAGGAAGUCCUGAUGAAAGUGGACCAAAUAUGCCACAAGAACGGCAUCAAAUUCUUUGCAGGCGAUGUCUUUGGCUACCAUGGCUAUAUGUUUGCUGACUUGGGUGAACAUGAGUUUGUGGAAGAGAAGGCCAAGCCAGCCAAAGCCAGCCAGCCUGUGGAGGAUGGGCCUGAUGCGAAGAAGGCCAAGCUGGACUUCAUGGAGACCACCAUGGUGAAGAAGCGCCUGGCUUUCUGCCUCUUGAAGGAGGCCUUCGGCAUCAACUGGGGCACUGAGAAGGGCAAGGCGACCCUGAAGCGCACCAGCCCAGACUACUUCCUGCUGCAAGUGCUUCUGAAAUUCCGCACAGAAAAGGGCCGUGAUCCUUCGCCUCAAGGCUAUGCUGAAGAUACAGAGGCCCUUCGGCAGACGCGCACGGGUGUGCUGGAGGCCCUGGGCGUGGGAGCUGACCUGCUUCCUGACGACUUCACCAGCUGCUGCUUCUCGGAAAUGGCCUCUGUCUGUGCUGUGGUUGGAGGUGUGCUGGGGCAGGAGAUUGUCAAGGCCCUGUCACAGCGGGACGCUCCCCUCAACAACUUCUUCUUCUUCGAUGGCAUGAAGGGCAACGGAAUCGUGGAAUGCCUGGCCUCCAGCUGAGAUACACACACACACCCCCGUGCUAGUGAAGCGGCUCCCCCCCCUCCAGCCUGCCUGCAGUUUCCCUUCCUGGAUGGGGGGGAUGAGGCUGUGCAGGUAGAACCGCCAGCUGCAACUCGUCUCUGUUGUCCUCCUCGUCUCCCCAAUAAAGAACUCUGGUCUUUGUGUAA